UGAAGUCUAAACUUGUGCUUGCAAGUUUCGGUUUGUUCAUUCUGUAAUUGUUGAUAUUGUGAAGCCUUCAGGCAAAAGAAGAGCAAGAUAUUCAUUUACCCAGAACAACAAGCAGGUCAUGGAGAUUCAUCAGUCUGCUGUGAUUCUGCUGCUGGUCGUGUGUGUGUCGUUCUCCACUCAUGCUCAACCAGCAGAUAUAAUGCGUCGGUAUCAAAAAUUCCUCAAUCAGCAUUUGGGUCCUGAUAUGAAUGUGCAGAAGUGUGACAGUGAAAUGAGAACGAGAAACAUCACUGGAACUGACGGAGGAUGCAAACCUGUCAACACCUUCAUUCAAGCAAAUGAAAACCAGCUGAAAGCAGUUUGUGAUAAAAGAAAUCAACUGAACAAAGACAGAAACCUGUUUAAGAGCGGCCAGCAGUUUCCUGUGGUCACGUGUAGAUUUAAGCCUGGGUUGACACCCCCAAACUGUGAAUAUCGUAGAGGGCGUUUGUCCACUCGAUAUAUAGUGUUGGGGUGUGUGGGUGGCUGGCCUGUACAUUAUAACAAUACAAAAACAAUACAAUAUUUUUAAAUAAUUUAUUCACUUCUCAUUUUCUGUAUGUCUUUGUUUGCCAAGUGGAAAAACAACAACAAUCAAACGAUCAGAAUCGAGCUCGAAGCAAAUAAAAAAGAAGAAUAAAUACUUGACCGCAGUAAGAGGUUUGCGUGUUGUAGUUUUUAAUCAGUUCUUGUGCUGUAAACAUGACACAGUUUGAGAGCAAAGUCUAUGAAGCACAGCUGAACAUGAACACACCAUUUAUACUGAACAUACUUAAUUGUAUUUGAGAAAAAUCAGGAACAUUUUGUUUUUUUAUUUCCUUUCGAAGAACAGUAAGUUCAACUUUUCUUAAAAGAAAAUUAACCCCUCUCACAGUCUUUAUGAGACUCUGAUAUGAACAAGAAUAUCUUCACUGUCUCUCAUCAUUUACCUUAAAAGAUGUUACUUAAAAAUGUUAAAAUGUUGCACCUUAAAAAUGUUACUAAUAAGUUGGUCCACUUUAUACAAUUAGUUCACAGACAUUGUUAUCAACAGGUAUCUCUAUAUCACAAUCACACCACAGUGAAUAAAACAUUUGAAAUGUGCUUUUUAUUUUCC